GGUUCUCAAGUGAGAUGUUAAGUGUUCAGUCCAAAGACCUUUUUGAGAAAUAAUAUUGCUGCUGUUUCAAUCCAAAACGGUUCUGCUAAUAUGGUGUUUAUUAUCGUCUUAUAAUGAAACAAAGAGGAAUUAUGAGUACUGCUUAAUUGGCGAUGUACAUGUGCUGCCUGGUACAAGGCUUCUGGUCAAGGCCACCUAUGACCCUAAAGCUAUGGAAACACCAGGUUGAGGUCAGUGCAAGGUCACUUAGGGUCAAGGUCGGUUCAGAGUUCAGCGUCACAUGUGAUGGAUCUGCAGUGGGCAGCAAUGUUGACCCGCAUUUAAGGUGGUACGGAACGAACAAAUGGUGGAUAGCUAACAAAGGAAGACAUGAACGAGUUCAUAUCGAUCACUCCCUAUCCCGACGGUUCCUGAAGCUGAACAUCAGACAUGUAAUCACCAUCGACGCCGGCGUAUAUACCUGUCGGGGAUGGAUGGGCCAAGGACAUGGGUGGGACCACGCGAGGAUAACCCUAGUCGUCGAUGACACGGAAGCCGGCAACCCGAAACCGAAUAUUCGCCCAUCACGGCCAACGACGCAACAGGCCACAGCUCAUAGUAACGCUGUGUACAGGAAGUUGACGACGUACCUACCGCCAAUAAGAACAUAUUCCAAUAUCACAACGAAAUCAGAGAUGAUGCUGAACGUGACUAAUGCACGUGUGUCAGACACCGGUUGUCGGUCCCCGAACCAUCCGUGUGGGAGUGGAGAGUGCAUCGACACGAGGUCCGUAUGCGACGGCAAUCCGGACUGCCCUGAUGGAAGCGAUGAGUCCAAUUGCAGUUCCAUUGUCUGCACGGAGGGGACGACGGCGUGUCCACAGGGAAAGGGUUGCCUGCUAUCGGAGCAUAUCUGCGACGGCCGACCACACUGUCCUGACGGCUGGGACGAGUCGGCGAUAUUCUGUGGAAAAUAAUAUAUUUGUCUGGUUCCCUAACUUUGUUGAAAUAAAUUUAAGCAAGGAUAGGACAAGUUACUCAGACUUACUCAUAAUGUGGACAUAUGAGUUAUAUGAUACACUUCUGACAGUAACGUUGCGUUGUAAAACGAUCGGGUGACUGCUGGACAUUAUAAUUAGUACUAGCGUGAGUGCAUGAAACGUGAAUGGCACAACUACGACUACACAGAGCUGAUCAAUGACUUGUCCGUUAUUUACAAACUUUCUAUUAGUACACGCAUUAUUAUAAAUAGUGUUUUGUAUUAUUACAUUGUUUAUUUCUUUUGUUUGUAAUUGGCGAUCAUAUUAACAUAUUUAUGAACGGUGAGUCAAAUACAAAAAUUGUUAUAUGUCGGAUAUUUGAAUACAAUAAUCUAAUUUAACAUAACAGGAAAUUAUCAUUCGAACUUGACAAAGUGCUAUACGAACUCUCAAACGCUUCGUAAAAUGUCCUCAAUUUUCGUUAUAAACCGUUUUGUAAAAUUUAACAUAAGUAUCAAUAUUAAGUAUCUCGACUUGCAUAAUGAAUAUAAACAACCAGAGUAAAUUUAAUUUAUAUAAAAAUAAUAUAUUUAACGAACUUCACACAAUGUAUUAAGAACGAUCAAAAUGUUCAAGAUAACAAAUAUGCACCGAAUACAUAAGUUAUAAUAUCGAUGUACUCGAACAAUCUGUAUUAACUAAAUCAUACAUUUUCGAGGAACGCGCGUGUGUAAAAAAAAAUCACCUCUGGGUAAUUAUAUAAUUUGAUAACUGUGAAAACCAAGGUCGGUUAACUAAGCCGAAAAAUAUUAUAAGAUUCCACAAUGUUCUUGACCUAACGAUUAAAAAGAGAACAUUAAAUUAAAUUGACUUUCGUCAUACACUCGAUAGUUCAACAGGAACUUCAGUUUCAACACCUGCAUUGGUUUCAUUGACUGCAUUAAUGAAUUGAAAUUUAGACUUACAGUAAAUUUCCAAAUGGUUGUAUUUUAUAUUAUCACAAUAAAAGAUAUUUGAUUCCAUAAACAAUA